AUGCCGCUCGCGCAACAAAUCGAGAUGCUUCAGGGUGCGGACGAAGCCAUGCAGCUCGCAACCAUGCACCAGAUUGGGUCGCUUCUCGACGAGGCGCUCACCCCACCCGCGGCCGGGGAUGACGCAGAGGUGUUGUGCGAGGCCUUGCGCGAGGCUGGCCUCAUUGAGAGGCUGGUACCCAUCCUCUCCCUCGACGGCCAGCUAGGGCUGCAGCAGGCGGCACUGCUUAUCCUGGGCAACAUGUGCUCUGAGGAGGUGGACGGGCAUGCGGCUGCCACCAAGGCCAUCUUCAAGUUAUCCCACGGGUUUGAGUACCUCCUUCAGUUCCUCUUUUCACCCGACUGGCUCACAGUGAUCUACGCGCUUGGCGCAGUGCAAAACACGUGCCGGGAUCCCGAUUACUGGACUCUCUUGCGGCAGCUGCGAGUGACGAAGAGGCUCGAGGAGCUCGCCCAUUCGGAGGACGCGCAUGUGCAGCGCUUCGCCCGUGGCACGCUCGAGAACAUCGAUCACUUCGUCGAUGAGGCUGCCGAACGACGUGAGGCAACGCCGCGCUCACUCGACGCACCCUACGCGCCGGUGCACGAGGCGCUCGCACUUGUAGCCACGUCUGCCGGAAGGUGUGGUGGUGAGGCUAGCGGCACGGUGGCAACCGCCGCAGCCGUUGCUCUCGAAACUGCAGCGAAGGAGGAGGCUGCCCGCUGGUCAGCAGCCCGGGCGGCAGGGGCAGCGGCCGCAGAUGCACGGCACAAGCGGCUACGGCUACUGCUGAGGGAGGUGGCCGAGGAGACGGAGGCACGAAAGGCGGCAGAGGAGGAGGAAGAGGCGCGGAGGGCCGCUGAGGUGGCAGCGCGCGAGGCAGCACGCGAGGCGUCGGCCAUGCGCACGCUGGCUCAGGAGGAGGCGAUGCGCAGGGCUGCACUCGAGGCGGCGACAGCUGCAGCAGCCAAGGCGGCGGAGGAGGAGGCAAACACUUGUCGCGAGAUGCUUCCCGAGGAGUACCAGGCAAGGGCGACUGAAGCAGCCGCGGCACAGUCCGCUGCGGCAAAGGCAAAAGCGGCGCACGAGCGCACUCUGAGCGCCUUUUUGGUCGGCGACAACCAUGGUGCCGCUGAUGGCGCCUCGGACGAGCCCGCAUCGCCGCCCGACGAUCCGACAGAGCUAGCCCUUGACUCAGCAAUCAAGAAUCAAAUGGCCGAGGUGGAAGCGGCAAUUAUGCUUCAGGCACAUGCAAGAGGUUUGCAAGGUCGGGAUCAGCUGCAGCAACGGCGGCACAAAACGUCGGCUUCUGUUGUGCAGCGGCACUACCGUGGGCACCACGGGCGGCAACUUGCUCGGGCCCAUCUGGCCAGGGUGGAGGCGGAGACUCGCGAGAGGGAGUCACGUAGCCACGAGCAGGCGGCAAUGCGGGUUCAGGCUGCGCAUCGCGGUCGCCAUGUCCGGCAGUGCGUCACGGGGACCCGCGGGCGGCAGGCGACGAUAGAGUCGCGGCUCUGCGAGGGUGCUGCCAACAUGCCUGAGGAGCAUGCUGCAUUGUGUCCGACGGGAGAGGACGCCACGAGCUUGAGUCCGCAGGAACUAGAGCAUGGGCGUGCUGCCGCUCGAAUCGCCGCCGGCUCCCGAGGGCUACGCGAUCGGAGGCGUUUGCGGCACUAUCGGUCCACCUGCCCGCCUCCCGGGCAGUUGCGAGGCGAUGUCAUGGGCUCGAAUGCGGCGGCCGCAGCGGCGGCGUCGGCCGCGCACGAGAGGCAGGAGCGGCAGGCUCUGAGUCGCGUUGCUUGCAGCAAAGACGGCACGCAGGCGGAAGAGAAAUUUCCACAGAGAAGAGGGGACGAAGGUCGACUCACUGUCGCGCGCGAGAGAGGGCAUGGCUCGACGACGCGGGCCGUGAGAUCCACUUUGCCUUCGGUCGCACUGACGAGCUCUAGCUCCGAGCCCGUCUUCUCGUCCGGCCGGUUGAGGCCGCCGGCGGCGGCGGCCAAGCGGGCAACCAAUGCGGCGAGACAACCGUCGCUGCCCACGGUGCCGCCGCCUCGGCCUGCCGUGCCGCCGCCGAUCCAGCCCGAUGGCUUGCUGCGGCUGGCGCUAGCGGAGCAGGUGGCCAUUGACGGCGAUCUCCUUGCUUCGUGGGACGAGGACGGCGACGGAUCUGUCUCGUGCGCCGACUUCCACCGCUCCCUCCCGCCGCUCCUCGCCCAGUGGGGAUUGCCGCGCCUCGCCGCGAUGGGCGAGGUGAUCGACGGCGUGUUCGAAGGCCUUGGUGGCGGCCGUGUUGGCGCCGUGCCAGUCGAGGAGCUGCGGGCACGGUUGCAGGACCUGCGGAAAGACGCCAGUCUCCAGGCCGUUGUAAUGGGCAGCAGCAAGCCGUCCCUACCUUGCCUUGGCGCCCACCGCGGGCCGACCGCGCAGCAACGCGUGACGUUGUACGCGAAACCAGCGUACAACAGCACCCCCGAGGGCAGCACGACCGAGCUCCAAAUGCAUCGCGCAGAACGGGACCGGCGACCCCCUCACCGGCGGCCCGCACCCACUGGAGGCGGUGUCGCCGACCGGCGCGGACUCGACCGGCGUGUCGAUCCCCUGUCGCGUUUUUUCGAUUAG